AUGAGCGACAUUAAGGUUGAACCCGAGCUAGGCGUUAAGGAGACUGGACCGUCUUCCAUCCGGUUUCCGAUGCUGACUUCCACAAACUAUACUGUCUGGGCCAUGCGAAUGAAGAUUGCUCUCAAGGUCAAUAAAGUAUGGGAAGCCAUUGAUCCUGGAAACAAAACCGAAGAGAAGAACAACUUGGCCAUUGUCCUAAUGUUUCAAUCCAUUCCUGAAGCACUUACACUGCAGGUUGGAGAUCUCAACACAGCCAAGGCCGUGUGGGAUGCAGUUAAAGCGAGACAUGUAGGAGCUGAGAGGGUAAGAGAAGCAAGACUUCAAACCCUAAUGGUGGAGUUUGAUAGACUAAAGAUGAAGGAGGAAGACAAAAUUGAUGCGUUUGUUGGGAAAUUAUCCGAGAUCUCUUCGAAAUCUGCGUCUCUGGGAGAAGUCAUAGAAGAAGCAAAACUUGUAAAGAAGUUUCUCAAGAGCCUGCCAAGAAGAAAGUACAUUCACAUUUUCGCCUCUCUUGAACAAGUUCUUAACUUAAACACAACAAGUUUCGAAGAUAUCGUCGGACGUUUAAAGGCUUACGAAGAAAGAAUUUGUGAAGACGAUGAAGAUCAACAAGAUGAUCAAGGGAAACUAAUGUAUGCGAAUUCAGAGUCACAACAAAGUGGCUACAAUGGAUACAGUGGUAAUAAAUCGAAUAGAGGAAGAGGAGGUCGUUCCGGCUAG